GACACCUACGAUACUACCGCCGCAACCGGAAGAUGUGCCGUACUUCUGGCCCUAAGACCCCAUGCCCGCUGUGAAGAUCGCGGCAGGGCGCGAAAGUGUUCGCUGGAGCCAUCGCGAGGAGAGCCUCUCACCCUCAAAUCCACUGGGCCCGGACGCCGAGGCGACAGCGAGAGGCGCGAGGAUGCAGAAGAAUGCUGCGGCCUACGCGGACUACUACGACAAGCACGAUUCGCCGCAAAUGCCUCGAUACGAAAGCUAUGAUGGUAGCGGCUACGAGUCUAGUCGGUCCAGUACGCAGCAGUACAACACCAACAAACCACUACCUCGCGAACCAAUUGAGCAUUAUGAUCAGCCUUCUUCACCAUACGAUGAGCCUGCGCCUCAAGAUUUCAACGCGAAUUUCGACGAUUUUCACUUUCACACGCCAAUGGAAGAGCCUGCGGGACUGAACAUACCAGCGCGACCUCAGAGCCGCAGUCAAGAUGCUAUGGGACGUCAUUUGUUAUACGAGACAGCUCUGCUGGACACUCAAUUUUACGAGAUUCUGGACAUCAACGAGGUGGAUGAGUUGAAAAAGGAGCACGCGCGAUUAAACUCAAGGAUCGAGGCUGCGAAUCGCAAGCUGACACUGGAGAGCAAGGUGAAGGAGGCAGCACACAACAUCCACAGACUUUACACCUCCACAAAAAGGGACGACCAUUCGGACACACCUCAAUCGUCAGACGGAAUUGCAAAUGGCACUGACGGUCAUCUCAAGAGCGCAGAGCACGUCGGGAGCAAUGGCACGCAGGGCGUAGGAGCCCUGCACCAAGCGGAGGAAGAGCUAGCAAUGAGCAUCAAAGCGGUGGAUGACCUGAACGAACAGAUCAAGACUCUCCUCGUGCGCAAACAGACGGUCGAGAGCAGUCUUCUGAGGCAUACGGCUGCGGUGCUAGCCGAGCAAGCAAGCGCAUCCUCUAAUGGUCAUACCUACCAUGAUGAUAAUGAUGCGAUGGGCUUCGCACCUGAUGAGUUUGACGGAAUUCGUGACAUACUGAAGGGCGGUCCUGGCGGGUCAGCAAAGCAGGACAAUGUGCAGAGAAUACAGGAGGACCACGAGCAGAAGCUAUUCGAUAUGCAGAGUCGUCUCGAGCAGCUCAACUCCCAACUUCGAGGUGUUAUUGCGGAAGCCAGCCGCGGCCGUGGGGCACUGCCUGCACCGGAGCUUGAUCAUGAUCGGUCUGCAGACGUGAAUGAUCGCCUCGACGGCGCGUUUGCUGCUCUUGCGAACAAUGUACGAGUAAUCGAGCAGGAGCAGCAGCAUCAGACUGCUCACUCGGCUAUUGAAGAACGACUGGCCGACUUGAACGCUCGUUUACAUCAGACAAUGCAGUCGUCUCCUGAUAUGGAUGCGGUCGACGAACUUCGACAGCCUCCGCCAGCGACUGGACAAGGCUACCAGAAACAGCUGCAGCACCUCGAUGACAGCGUACAAACGGUGGACAGAGUCCUUCGCAAACAUCAGGAGGAUCUGCACAGCGCACGUGAAGCGAAUGAUGGCGCAUCAAGAGCACUCGAGGAGGCACAAACCAAAGCUGGAAAGUCGGCUGAAUACGAGAAUGUGAUAUCUGGAUUGUGGAGCAUCCUCUCAUCGGACGAAUCCACAAGAGACAACGCAGAUGAUGCCGACAGCUCGCCAAUCACUCCACUGCGAGAAGACUUCUCUCUGCCGGCGUUCAAUGCACGUGUCCAGCAUAUUUUCGACGUCGCAAAGGGGUCGAAAGUGCAGCAAGACAUUCUCCGGCGACAAAUUCAACAGCAGCGUGAUCUCAACGGCAAGUCCGAAGAUGAGAAACACGCAGAAGUGAUGGAGCUCCGAGGGCGGUAUGAUGAGCUCAGCGCCGCAUUCGAUGCUACACAGCUAGAACUAGCCAAAUCCAUGGCGAGCAAUGAGCAGGGUGAGCGGGAGGUCAACGAAUCCCGUAGCGAGAUGGUGAACGUCAUGAACGAGGUGGAUCAGCUUCGCAAAAUGGUUGAUGAAACGCAAGCCCGAGCGAAAGAGGUCGAUGGUCGCAGUGCUCAGCUCGCCGCGGACAAUAUCGCAACCGGACAAGCGUACGCGGAGCUCCAGCAGGAGAUGGAGAAUCUCGAGUCCGAAGUCGUUCGACUGACGACCGAAUUGACCAUGGCUAAAGCCGACCUUGAUGGUGCCUACGGCACACGGCAAGAACGUAAGAAGGAAGCCGGCGUCGCAGAGCAGGAUAUGGAAGCGCUGGAGAAACUCAAGGAUCAGGAGAUCCAAGCUCUUAGGAAGAGUCAAGCAGAUCGUACCAAGCUUCUAGAGACCGAACUGCAGGACAUGAUGGAUGAGUUCCAGGCGAUGGCGAGGGAGAGCCUAGAGCUGGAGAAGGAACGCGGACAGCUGGAAGGAACGAUCGAUGCAUUGAAAGAGAAGUGCGACCAACUUGAGGCCCAAUUGGCAGACGAGAGGGUCGCCUCGAUCGGGACCAAAGCGCCAGUUGAAGGGAGCCCGAGGGAAAGUACGAGCGUGAUGGUGCUCAGGCAAGAGUUCAAGAGGAUGAUGCGCGAGGCGCGAGCGGAGGGCAUUCGAGCUUUGCGGACUGAGCAAGAAGAACGACGCAAGAUCGAAGGCGACCUCAGGCGCCAUCGACAAGCCGCCGGUCCCUUAGGUCGCCAGGGCCUUGUUGCGCCGCCAUCACCUCGUCCAUCGUCCCGAAGCUCACAUAGUCGAUCCGGUACCCUCUUGAGCAACAGCGGCAGUGCUGCGGCAGUUGUGAACGGAGUGCAGAGCAACUCAUCGACGCCUGCCUCCAAGACAACGACCUCGAGCACGGCGGUUACUGCUGCGGGUUGA